AUGCGUAGUUUAAGCCAUAACCCCCUCAUUGAGUUUACUUACAUUUCCGUUUUUAAAGCAUGUGCCAGUUUAUCGGCCCUCGAAGAAGGCCGACAAAUCCAAGUCGACUGUUUGAAGCGUGGUUUCGAUUCCGAUAUUUAUGUUGGGAACACCAUGGUUCAUUUUUACGGGUCUUGUAAAAAAAUCGUUGAUGCACGUAAGGUGUUUGAUGAAAUGAUUUAUACAAGUGUUGUUUCGUGGAACACUAUAAUUUCUGCUUUCCGUCAUGUGUCGUGGCUUCCCGAAUCAAUAGAGUAUUUUAUGAAAAUGCGACGCGUUGAGAUUGAGCCUAACGGAACUACAAUGAUGGUUAUGCUCUCUGUUUGUGCCGAACUUGGGAACUUGACGAUGGGAAAAUGCGUUCAUAGUCAAAUUAUCGAGAAAGGAUUGGAAUUGACGUGUGAGUUAGGAACGGCCCUUGUGAAUAUGUAUGCUAAAUGUGGGGAUUUGAAUUGGGCAAGUUUAGUUUUUGACACGGUGCAUAAUCGUAAUGUGUGGACUUGGAGUGCAAUGAUUUUAGGAUUAGCUCAACACGGGCUUGCUAGACACGCCCUUUCACUUUUCAAGAAAAUGAAAGAAACGGCUAUUCAACCUAACUAUGUGACGUUUCUUGGGGUGAUUUGUGCGUGUAGCCAUGCGGGGUAUGUGGAGGAAGGGUAUCGGUUUUUUAAUGAAAUGAAAUGCGUUUAUGGGAUUAAGCCUCGGUUAGUACACUAUGGUGCAAUGGUAGAUGUUUUGGGACGAUCUGGUCAUCUAAACGAAGCAUACGACUUCAUUUUGAAAAUGCCCAUCAAGCCUGAUCCAACUAUAUGGAGAACUUUGCUCAGUGCAUGUAAUGUUCACAGUGCUAUCGAUUUUGAUGAGGUUGGGGAAAAGGUAAGAAUGAAAUUACUUGAAUUGGAGCCAAGAGGGAGUAAUAACCUGGUGAUGAUUGCAAAUAAGUACGCUGAUAUAUGCAAGUGGGAGGAUGUAGCCCAGCUGAGAAAGCGUAUGAGGGUCAGAGGGCUGAAAAAGAUGGCCGGUGAGAGUUGCAUCGAGGUAAAAGGAUCCAGUUUUAGAUUCUUAUCUGGGUAUGAUUCUCAAGCUUCUUGUGUGAAUAUUUAUUUGUUACUUGAUGGUCUAAGUUUAAACAUGAAGAUUAGCAAUCUAUAA